AUGUGUCAUCUCUCAUUCGCCAAUCGCAGCGAGAGAAUGGUGAGAGCAAGUGCGAGCACUACAGCGUUGUGCGAAGCACGGCAACGCAGUGCGUGGGCGGCGGCCCCCGCCGUGUGCGCACGACGGAACAACUACGCCAGCGAGUGCGCCAUGCGCGCCUUCGUCAGGUGGCUUAAAGGGCGACUUGCGGUGAGUGCGCAGGCGGCGGCGCUGCGCGCUUCCCAGAUGCUGCCACGCGCGCUUCGCUCGAGCGCCACUCCCCCCAUGAUCUUCUGGUUGUUCGUCCUUCCUUCAGGUUUAUGCAGGCGCGCGCUGCGCGAGCGGCAGGACUGCUGGCGCAGCGUGCACUCGUUGGCGUACGUCUUGCCGUCCCUCCAGCGAGCACGUCUCCCCGCAGCGGCACACCGGCUGGCGCUCCUCGUCCAGCUGGCACACCUCGGGCGGCUGGCACUGCACCGCCUCGCACGGGUCUGCGCACACGCACACCCCCUCUCAUGCACAAGAAGGAAGAAGGAGGCAGGCAGCUACGAAUGUCGGAUCUGCAACAUGAAGGACGAUGCAUUUUCUACAACGACAUUCAACGUUUUCUGGCGGCACUAUAACGCCCUGCGAAGGAAAUGCUUUUUUUUGUACUUGGAGGGAAUGUGUUCAAGGUUAGGGCGAGCGCGUGGCAGCUUGGAGAAAAAAUAUGCUGGUAACAGAAUUAGAGGGAGUAGAGACGACUGCUUACGAGCAGGCUAUUCAAUAUCCGACCGGGAGAAGUUUGAGCUUGGCUGGGGUGGUGCACCUGAACCACUUAGCCAAGAGGUAGAUAGGCAGCGGUUUGCGUCAACCAGCGGGGGAAGACCGCCGCAACCUCCCGAGAAAAACACACUUAUGGGACUAAUGACCUCGGUAGUCGACGCGCCGGAAUCCCUAACAAUGAACCUCAACGCUUUCUGUACUCGCCUGGAGCGUGGACGCCCUGAGGAGCAUUUUUGCCCCGUCAGCAGCGGCGACGCUGCGCGGCGUGGCGCCAAAGCCGCACCCAAUGGCUUUUUAAUUCAGGGCACCGCCCCCGCGAAGAGGCGGGGAACUAAAGGGAAAUGGAAAGGAGGGCAAAGGGGCAGGGUUGAGGUAUGA